AUGCAGAAGUCGUGGAUGCGCGAACGACUGGGCCACCGUCGCGACAAAGCCGCAGAUCCCUACCAUCACCCGCCUAUCCUCCCUCGCGCUCGACCUCCGCCGCACGAUGACGGCCAGGCUACGGCUCAAAGCGCAUUCUUCCAACGUCUGCCCGUAGAGCUGCGGCGCAUGGCCUUAGUGGCCGCCUUUGGCGACACUACUCUCCACAUGCACCUUGAACACAACUACCCGCCAGUAGUGAAAAGGAGAUUGUCGCUACCAUGGGAAACGCACUUGAACCUCGCCGUCACCCUAACUUCAGGCCUGAACACAAUCUUGGAUAGAGACAACGAAAAGGCUAAAGAGUGGCUGUGGUGGGGCUGUGUCUGUCACCGAAACCCACCCAAGGGCCUUGACAUCGGGUGGCCGGACGGUGUGCCGCCGUGGCGCGAUUCGUGUCUUAACGGAGGAAACGGGUACUGCGAGCUGUGGCCAGGAGAGUGGCCCGAAAAGUGUCGCGUUGGCUGCAUGGGGUGGUUGAGGUCGUGUCGGCAAGCCUAUGUCGAAGGGGUCGAUGUGCUAUACGCCACCAACACGAUGCACAUUACCACUCUUGUCCUGGUCGAGCACGCCCCGUCACUCUUCCUUCGGCAGUCACUCUCGCGCAUCAAAUCCCUUGAACUGAUAUGGCGCCAGCCAGUAGGUCGGUACGCAGCGGAAGGGGUGCCUUACCUAGAGCCUUACGCGGGGCCAGAGGAUGCUUCUGCACAGCCUUGCCCAGAAACAAAGCCCCUCAUGUCACUCACUCGCUGGCUUCUAGAGGGAUUCCCGGGAUUAAAGGAGUUGUACCUUUCCCUUGAACACUACAAGCCCUAUCCACACGGUCCCUUUCUUAGCGUAGGGCCUUACCCGCCGCGCGAGCACGUUGAAGAUUUGGAGCAGGAGUAUCUGACGUCGGUGGAUGAAAUGGUCCGGAGAUUAGGGCCCGGGCUGAAAGAUUGCAGCAUUGCUCUUCCAGAUGAUCUGUAUUCGGCGCUGCGAAAACGGGCAUUGCGGGCCGGAGUGACAGCCGAUUCUAUAGGAGGGAGGUGGACGGGAGAGGGAUUCUGGAGAGGGUUGGGAGAUGAUGAGGCCGUCAAGGGGUACUGGAUAAGAGAAGGCCCUGUAUGA